AUGAGGAGCAUAUUGUUGUGGAUCGCGGUGGCUGUAUGCUCCCUAGGCUCUGCCGCGGCGGUGAUUCGGAGCGGAUCUAGCGAUGGAUUUGGAAAACGAAGAGAUACCGAGACGGCGAUAUCGUAUCUGGAAAACGAAUCGAUAGCAUCAAAGGCUACCAUGGUGCCUCUCACCUUGAUUCAAGGAGCUGACUCCAAAGGAGCUGUUUGCCUCGAUGGGACGCUGCUUGGUUAUCAUCUAGAUCGUGGGUUUGUUUCAGGUGCCAACAGUUGGCUUAUCCAUCUUGAGUUUAGUAAUCUCAGUGGCUACACUUGUAGGGAGGAGGAUGGUGUAACAGCCAUAGUAGCUGUGUGUAUCGGAAAACAACUCGCCGUGGUUCCUCAUUACGAUGUCAUGUAUGAGGAUAUUGUGGAUAACCAAGCAAGUGAAGAUUCUUUUCACUCAUGGAAUGUAGUAGCAAAGCCUCCUACUUAUCACUUUUUUGGAAAUGAUAUCCUUUAUGAUAGAUACAAAGAAUGA